AUGCCUUCUUUUGACAUGAGUUUGGAUACAGAAGAACUUUCUAUUUCAACAGAUGUGCGUGAACGGGACCGUAUUCGCCUUGAAAGAGAGCUUGAGAAGGAACUUAAUGGGUUUUCAUUCAGUAAAACGGGUUUUCAUGAGUCAAGCGAUGAUACAGUGCGUCCAGGACAUGUAGAUUUAAAUCAGACGUUUUUUGCGGAAUCACCGGAUACAAAGAGCCUGAACAAGCAUUUCCAGGACUUUAGUAUGGGUGUUAGUGCGUCAUCAGACGGAAGUAGCAUUGAAAAAGGGCUAGGACUUCAAUUAGGAACACCAAAUCUGAAAAAAGAGUUUUCAAAGGUCUAUACGGGGUCAAUUAAGUCGUUUGAUCGUCCUGUUGUCUCAGAUAGAGACUUUGAGACUAUUAUGAAAAGUCCUCUUGAAUCAACAACAUCGGAUUAUGGAGAUGUUGCAGCUAAAAUAAAGCAAAUAUAUUCUCCUUUUGAUAAGAAAACAGUGAAUGUGAAUUUUGGUUUUGCACAUGACAAGGAUGAUUAUGAACUGGAUAAGCGGUCGCCAGAAGUUACAAAUAGAAAUAAACUUGCGCAUGCUUUAAAAAAAACUGAAAGACGUCAGUCAAAUGUGCCUAUCGUUGAAAGAGAUGGAAAUAUAAUGACUCCAAAGUUUGUAGAGACUAAGUCCCCUGCUUUGUUGCGUCAUCAUCGUACAUCUGAUGUAAAUAAUGAAAACAUCUACCCGAUACAGUCAAAGUCGGAUAAAGCUUUCUGGAAAAUAGGAGAGAAUAAUGCAUCCAAGCGGGGUUUUCUUGAUGUUUCUAAAACAAAGGCUAUUCCUCGUGCAUUUAAGUCUGCAUCCGGUUUGAUGCAAGAACUUGGAUUAGAUGAUAAUCAAAAAAAUAUUGUGACUAAUAUGCCAUUGGCUUCAGAAAUGACUCAGUCAUUUCAACUUCCUGAUAUGACUGGAAUAACAUCAUUAAUUUAUGAUGGGACACAACCUGUUGUGAAUAAAAUUGAAAUGAUUACUAAAGAUAAAUAUAAAAAUUUGGAAUCCAUACCUAUAUCGUCAGAUGAUAAAGCUAUUUUAGUAGCAAUAAGAACAUUACAAAAUAAUAUAAAUGAGCUUGAGGCGCGGGAAUCUGCCUCAAAGAGACGUAUUCAAAAUUUGGAAAAAGAACUUGAAAAUGCUAAACAAUUAUAUCUUGCGGAGAAAAAACGUUCAGUAACUAUUAAGCAAGACAAAGAAAUUAAUAACAGUAACAAAAAUGAGAAUUUACAUUAUAUUCGUGAAACACAAGAAUGUGAGAAACUUUCACAUACUAUGGAACGCAUACGAUUAAAAAAUGAAGUUUCUACUUUGAAAUCUCAGAUUGAAACUCUUGAACACGAACUUAGUGUUAACAAAUCCAAAAUAGAUACUAUCAAAGAAGAAAAAAAUGAAGUUUUAAAAAAACUAAUGGAAACAUUAUCUGAGGUUGAUCAAUUGAAAAUAGAGAAUAAAAAAUUGGUUAAAGAAAUUGAAAAUUUAAAAAGAACAUAUAAGAUGAAGAAAUCUGAGAAUAUUAAGCAAAAGAAUUUAGAGCAUUCUUCAAAAUCAUCAUCGAAAAAAAAAAGUGUUUUAAAAAAAGAUCAACUAGAAUCACAAAGUAGUGAAACGAAUGAUGAAACAUCAAAAGAGUAUAAAUCUGAUUUUACUGUAACUGAUAAUGAAGAAACAGAUAAAGUGUCUAAGCCUUCAUGUAAAACAAAAAAGUCUUUACUUUUAAAAACUGCUCAGCCUAGUCGAAAAAGUUUGUUUGCAUCUCCUAUUAAAAGUUCGAAAAAAAAGAAUAAAUCUGAUAUAAAAAAAUCAUGCAAGAAAUCAAAGGCAAAUUUGGAAAAUCAAUUAGAAAAACAGAAAAUUAAUACAUCUAUAACUACGGACUCUGAAAGUAGUGAUGAUACUUUUGAAUACGAUUAUAGUAAAGAAUAUUCAUCCGAUGAUGAUAUUUUAUUAAAUAAAGAGCCGGCUUGGAUACAAGUCGAAAACAAAUUAAAAACAAAAUUAGAUAGAUCUAAACAGACAUAUGGUAAUAAAUCUAAGCAAAAUGUCCGUUCAAAAUCAUAUAUAGAUGUAAAUGCUCAGAAAAUUAUUGAUGGACUUGCUCGCCAUAAUCCUACAAGUUGUUCUGUCUGUAGUCGUAAAAGACAAAAAGAAAUUGCAUCUCGAAAAAACAAUAAUCAAUUAGCUUUUAGUGCAAAAACAAAACUUGAUAAUAUAUAUGAAGAGGAAAAUACACUUAGACCAUCUAUGUCUCCACAAAAUGCACUUUCCAUGGUUAUAAUACAAUUAGAGGAUGAAUUUAAACAUUUGAAAUUGAAAUAUCAAGAAUUUAUUCAAUCUUAUGAAAAAAUAGAUCCUGCUGUAGGAAAGAAAAAGCGAAAAGUUCUUGUAGGAAGACUUAAAAGCAUUAUUGAAGAAUUAGAAGCAAAAGCAGAUCAAAUCUAUGCAUUGUAUGAUGUAGCUGAAAUAACUAAGGAUGGUAGUGAUAUUUUAAAAAAAGUAUUAAAAAAUAGUAGAAUGGAUGUUUAA